AGGAAGGGUGUCAUGUUUAUGUCACGUGUAGGAGAAAUGUUGAACCGUGGUACGCGGCAGCAGCAUGUGAGGUCAGAAAAAGGCUUACAGUUUCCGUGUGACCCGCAUACAUAUCGCAUCAAUGCUACGUAAAUUAAUUUUUCUGGCUAAUAAUAUCGCGAGAAGCCACGCGCACACAUCGACCGUCAAUGAUCGCACAAUGAUUUAGAAUUCUCGGUAUUUUCACAACUUAAUUGUCACGAUUUUUCACGAUUUAUCGGCCCCCACACUCAGAUAAUAAACAUCUUCCAAAAAUCGGCGUGACGUGCCAAGUUUCACGACCGGUUAACAAUUUUAUGUUGUUUACACGGAUUUUGAAGUGUUACGAAAUAAUUAUCGAUAUUUCAAUUUUGUUGCUCAUGCAAACAUUUUAUAUUUAGCGGCUGAUAGAACGAUCAUUUCUCCAAUUGAUUUUUGAUCCAACGAUUCGGAGAAAGUGAACGAAUUAUGUGGAUUUCGAUUGUAAUUACGAUAACAACAACGAUGAUAAUAGCGAUGAUGAUAAUAAUUGGAAAUUGCGAAACUUAUGGGAAAGAUUACGAAAGGAUGCCGCGAUUGCUCGAUGUUUUUCGUCAUUUCCGACAAUCGAAGGAAUCCCAAGAGAAUCGAGGAUAUAUCGAGCAAUGCCGUGCCACGAAUUUACGAAAAGAUCAAUUGGAGCACGUUAAUGUGUUCGCGUUUUUGGAUCCCUCGUGGAAUUACAGUUAUAGACAAGCCGUCAUGUUGGAAUUAUUAAAGAAGCAGUUAGAAAAGUCUGGAUUUUCAAAUAUUUUGCUCUUCAUGGUUGCGCGGCCGUCAGAUUUGCCGGAAGAUGACACAGAAAAUAGUAUGGAGAUAAAAGCGUGGUUGGAAAUAUCUAAAAAUAUACAGGAAUCCGAACACUUUUUAAGCUUGGAUAAAAUGAUAUUUAGUGAUGUUGCAAAAGAAAAGAAAGGCAUUAUUUUUCUUCAAGAUACUUUCGAAUUGGGUAUUUGGAAAAGUUUUCGUGCUUCGAAAGAUGAAGUAAUAAUUAUUGAUCGUUGCGGAAAAAUAACUUAUCAGAUUAUUGUACCUUGGAGUAUACUAUACUUUCCUUAUGUUAAAGCAGCCAUACUUUCUACAUAUAAAGAUGAUCCAUGUGGUCCUUGUUAUGAACAAUCAUCAAUAAUACGCGAAUCGAUAGAUUACAGAGAUUAUCUUUUAAAAACUAUAAAUUCAGAAAAAAAAAAAAAAAAUAAAAAUCUUGAUGUACGACCAGAAAUAUUUACUGACGUAACUAUGUCUAUCGAAGAAUCAACAAGAAUUGAAAAUGAUAAAUCCACGAGCACUGUCAUUCCUUUCAAUGUAAAUAAUUAUAAAAUUACAACUUACGAUAUUACAACUAAAGUUCCAGUAAUUCAAACGACAGAAACUUCAGAAAAUAUGAAAAAAAAUGACAAUGUAGCAAAAAACAAUUUUUUAAUAGAUAAGAAUAUUAAAAUAACUUCUGAAGUAUCGUAUGAACAAAAACAAACUCAGAUAUCAACUACACAUAUAACAUCGAACUUCGAAACGACAGAAGCCUAUAAAGAAACACAAGAUUGCAAUUUUUCAAAUAAACAUAUAAAUGGGAAUAAUCAUUCGUAUCCCACAACGAACGAUUUAAAUACUGAUUUAUCAAGACAUCUUGAAGAACAUCAAAUUGAAUCGGAAAAUAUAUUAAGAGAUACAAAAAUAGAAAAACAAGAAGCAAACAAAAGUACUAAGUACGAAGAGUUACAAAUUCAAAAAGACGAAAGUUUACCUUUACGUAUCAUAUUGUACUCUCCGCAUUUGCAUGAAGAAAAUGGAACAUUUAAAAAAUAUACACAUUUAAUUUUGAAAACAGAAAGUCCUGAUUAUCAUGAUCAUUUUAACAGUAAGACUUCUAAUCAAAAGACUUUUUUUAAUUUUAAAAACGAUAAGCCAACAGUAUUGAAAACGUCAGAUUCAAUGAUGUUAGAUGAUAAAAAAUUAGCUGAAUACGUAAGUAACGUAAAUGAAAGUCCAGGAGUAUAUGGAGAAAUUGCAGAUUAUUGGCAAACUAUUGACGACGAUGAAUUCAAUAAUAAAAAUGAAAAUAUUGAAUUUACAGAUUAUGAUUAUGUUACGGCAGAGGAUACAGAAAACAAUGUUAAUAAUACUUUUGAUAAUGAAAGCACCUUAUUAAGACCAAGCAAUAUAAUUGAUUCAAAUAUGAGUAUUAAAAAUAACGAUGAUUUAGAUGAUUUUAUACAACGAAGAUUAAUCGAACAUUAUAAUAAAUUAUUAACAUGGAUUUAUUAUAUUCUUUAAUAAGUCAAUUACAUUUACACGAAUACUGCAUAAAUAGUAUGUACAUGUCUAUACAGAUAAUUACAUAAUAAUUAUAAGAUAGAGACGAAACGAAGUCUUAUUUAUAUCUUAUAAAGAAUUUUCCAUAUAAAUAUUUUUACGAAGACAUAAAAGAUACAGAAUUAUAAAAUUUUUAAAUUUUACUUAUAUAUUAUAAGUAAAAUAAAAAUAUUCAAAAACAUUAUUUUUACAAAGAUUUUUGUAACAGAUCUUUUAAGAUAGACAUAUGAUAAUAUUUUACAUGGUACUGUUAAGUACACUCAUUUACAAUUUCUUCUGAUUCACUUACAUCGUCUGAAUCUAAACUAUUACUAUUGCUUGUGGUAGUGGUACUCGAAGUGCUACUUUCUGAAUCGGUUUCAGAAUCGGUAUCGCUGCUGUCGCUUGAACUCGAUAAUCUAUAUAAAACAUAAUUUACAUAUUCAUUAUUAAAAAAAAGAAAAAUUAGUAAAUUUCAAAUAUUUUUUACUGUGCAUAUCAUCCAUGCGCAAUGUGCAAAUAUGACAAUUUGUUACUGCUACAUAUCAUUGAUGAUAAGUUAACAGUUCAACAUUUAUUGAACAUAUUUAUGUGAUUUACCAAAGGAAAGUGCAUUUUAAUUAGUGUAUUACAUUAGCAUAUUUCGGAUAAAAAUGUAUAUAAUAUAUACAAAUAUUUAUAUCAUUUAUUGAAAGAUUUAAAUGAAAAAGCUUUAUUAGGGAAUAAAAUCAUCAAUAUUCAAAGCAAUUCGAAUAAAAUACUUACAAAUACUUUAAAGAAUGUUUGUCUUUAAUGUAGUAUAUAGUCUUUGGCCUUUAAAAUAAAAUCAUAUAACAUAGAAACAUAUAAAAUUUUUCAAUAAAACCUUAAAUUUUAUAAAAGUUAUAAGAUAUUUUUGUAUAUUACACUUACUUAUCUUCGUUAUUGUCAUUAACUGUUAAUUCAUCCAUUUGGUCCACUACUUCAUGAAUUGAAUUUUCUAUAAUAAGAUCUUCUUCUUGGACAGAAUAAGCUGCUUGUUCUAAUUCUGCUAAAUCAAGUUGCAUAUCUUCUUUAGAAGGUAAAAAUAUAAUAAGAGACUCUAAUGAUUCUAUCAAAGAUUCAUUAAUUUGUUGUAACCAAAUUAGGUAAUCUUUUAUAUAGAGUUGAUUUAAUAUAUAUCGUGGUUCACAUGAAUUGUUAAAUAAAUUAUGUAUUUCACAAAAA